GUGGUAUUUUCAAGUGAAAAAAAUGAGAUCGUUUUUGUUUCUGGCACUAUUGUCGCUUUCGCUAUCAGUUGAGAUCAAUUGCGAAGGAGACGUGAAACUUGAAGAUUUUUUGGCACAACUCUAUCGCAGAUUGCCUAGAUUAACAUCGAAUUUAAACUUCAUGCUACACGUUUCCAAUAACAUUCGGCAAGUUAAAGCGACAUGCAAUACUAACGAGAAUAUUCUUUUGAAUGCAAACAGAAAAAGUGCCAUCAAUAACAUUCCCGAUAGUAUCAAAAUCAAAAAGAAAACUUUGCGUGAAUUUUUGAAUACUAAGACCGAAUCAAUAAAUGCCGAUCAACAAAAAAUCUCAAUGAUUGGGGCAGUAGAAAAGUGGGCCAACAGCUUUGACCAAGAAAUGAGUGAAAUUGAGGAAGUGAGUUUCAUGUUACAACUUUCUAUUCAAGCGGCUGAAAAAUCGCUCGAUUCACUAUCGACGUUGAGUGGCUCUGGAAAGGCUGCGCAAAACAUCGUCGAAACGAUAAAUUCAGUUGAAUCUCAUUUGUCUGAAUUGAAUCAAAAACUUGAAAAAGCCAAAGAUAACAUUCAAUCGUAUAAUAAACAACGUGUUGAAUGGGUUACAUUUGUCACGUCACCAUUAGAUUCUGCUAAGCCAUCAAAAAAAUUGGAAACGUCCAAUUCAUUUAAUAAGUCACAAUCAUCAAAAUCCGCCAAAACGACAAAACAAGGGAAAAAAUAA